AUGGCACAGCUCUUCUCUCUCACCAUCCCCGCGCACGCCGCCUACCCGGGCGGCACCCUCGCGUGCACCGAGCCCGCGCCGGCCGUCUACCUGCUCACGCUCAACUCGCCGCCGGACAACCGUCUGACGGCGCCGGUGUUGCGCGCCUUUCUCGAGGCUCUCGACAUCAUCGAGUUUGGGUAUCCGCAUGGCGUCGUGGCCACCACGUCCGGCAUCCCCAAGUUCUACAGCAACGGGCUCGACCUCGAGCAUGCCGUCGCUACUGAAGGCUACUGGCCGCUGCUGUAUAGCGUCUGGCGCCGCUUCCUAAGCUACCCCAUGCCCACCGUUGCUCUCAUCAACGGCCACGCCUUUGCCGGUGGCCUCAUGCUCGCCACGGCCCAAGAUUACCGCCUGGCGCCCUCUCCACGCGGCUUCCUCUGUGUCAACGAGCUGCUCUUCGGCGCGCCGCUGAAGCCCCCCAUGUCGGCCCUCUUCCGCACGAAGAUGUCCGCCCUCACGUACCGCCACCUCGUGCUCGAAGCCCGUCGCUUCACCGCCCCCGAGGCCGUUGCCGCCGGCAUCGCCGAUGCCAUCUACGAGAAGCCCGAGGACCUGCUGACGUUCGUCAAGGAGCGGGACCUCGUCACCAAGCCCAAGUCGGGUGUCUACGGCGUGCUCAAGGCGGAGAUGUACCACGACCUGAUCAACUACCUUAAGACUCCCGGCCUCGAUGCGCACGAAGCGAGGUUCGAGGAGGCCCAGGCGCUCGAACAAGAGCGACAGGAGUUCGGAAAGGUGUGGUACGAGCAGUGGCUCAAGGACACCAAAGCCAAGCUGUAA